AUGCCUUCGUCCCAGAGCGAGACGGAAUGUGCCACAAAUCUGAACAGUCUUCCUGAUGACGUUUUGCUGGCCAUUUUAAGUUUCUGUGACACCAAAAGUCUGUCAGUCUUAUCUCGCGUAAGCAAGAACCUUUAUCGUCUCUCCAAGGAUGAUUAUCUGUGGAGAAAAAUUGCUUUGCGGUGUGUGAACGUGCGUCCUUCGGACCGAACGUAAGUGGAUCUGUAGUGUUUGUAAGGAUAUAAAAUUACAAAAUUAAUCCCUAAAGAUAAAUAAAGAAAUAAUUUUUAAAAAUGUGUAUUUCUCAGCAAUCACAUAAAAUAAUUUGAAAAUAUUAAUAAUCAAAUGUUAGUUGCCACUCAAUAUAUAUCUAUUCCUUCUUAAAGAUCCAGCUGCCACCCGCCACUUGAUCAAGAAACUUGCAUAUUUUAAGACCAAGGAUCAAAUUUCUUGAUUUUACACAAUUGCUUAUCAUAAUCCAGUGAUCCAUCUAGAGAGUAGCUGCUGUGCAUCCAGGGACUUAGACAUGUAUAAAACUAUGAGUCUCAGGUCGAAGAUUAUGAGUCCCAGAUCCACAUUUAAAGGUGCAUUUAUGCUACAAAAAAAACAGGGUCAGGACUGCUCAAAAGUUGUAUGGUACAUAUACAAUUUUUCAGUGUAAAAGAAUACUGGAGUUUCCACACGGUCAUAGGCACCUAUAAUGUUUAAAAAAAAUCCAGUAUUUUUACAAAAGCUUACAAUACCAUACAACUUUUUUGGCUGGUCAGAACCAAGUUUUUCUGCUGUGUAAACUCCACCAUCCCCAAGUAAAGUCUAGCUACAUGGAAAUUCAAGACGUUUAAUAUUAUGAUACUUUUUUUGUUCAUUUUUUUUUUUUUUUUUGUUACCCCUCUAAUGCCCACUUCACAAGGAACAUUUUUGAUAAAUUUGAUGCUGAGGACAUGAGACCCUUUACUUAUAAUAGGACAUGUUUUUAUACUCAUUAGAUGUGGCUGGAACUGGAAGGAGAUCUUUAGAGUUUCAUGGAAUUGGACACAUGGAUACUGUAGAGACAGGAACAUUCUGAAGUUUAAGUGCAAGUCAGUUGAGUAUUAUUUGAUCAUUAUUUAUAAGACUUAUAUUAUUGGAAUCAUACUGCAUAAAAAAUGUUCAUGUUAGUAUGUAUGUACAGUCAACUCUCUCAAAGAUGGAUGUCUUUUGGACCGGCACUUCUGUCUGUCCUGGAGAGAGUUAAAUAAACAGAGUAAAGAAAGACUUGGACCGUUCUAGGUUUCUGAUUUACAGUCUUGUCCAUCUUGUAGAGGUAUGCGUCAAGAGAGAGUCAACUGUACCAUUUCAACCUCUUUUUCUUUUUAUCCAUGCUGCUGAGUGUGUAGGUGUCGAUUAAGGAAGCGAAGCUAUUGCUGUUGUAACUGUGUACAAUUUAAGAUUAACCGUAUGAACUGUGAACUUAUAUUUGCAUCAAGUAAUUAUUGUAAACUACAGCCAUAUCUCUAAAUAUGGUAAUAAAUGAUAAACAUUUGCCUCUGAAACAGGAAUGAAUUAAGGUAAUUCCCUUGAAAAUGGUGGCACUAGCCAGUGUUUUUUCAAAUUUUGCACAAUUGGAAGUCAUAUCCCACACAAAGCCAGCAGAUCUGCAACAGAUCUGUUUUACGAAAAACAGUCUAACUGCAGACUAUUUUAUCGUCUGCAAAGUCUGUUUUCAGUCUGUAGCAGAUGCUACUGCCUUCAUCAUCCGCAAAGAUGUGUUCCUGCAGAUGCAUGAUAAACAGAUGAAAAACAGAUCUGCACAUGAUCUGUAAAGUCUGCAGAGUCUGCAAGCAGUCUUCAGCGCAUGUGUUCAUCAAUUUGAAACAACUAAGACUCCCCGGCCAGGCCCAUUCGCUGUUUUGUUGAUAAAUUCAAACAUUAGCUACAUCCAAUUUAUUAUAAAAAACAUCAGAAAAUUACCAUACUUUCAUCUUAUUUUAUUCAACUCUCAAGACUAUGUACAUGUAUGUAGCUUUUCACAGUACAUAAUUUUUGCCGGUUAAUCACAUGAGUUCCAUAACUGUUAACAUGACUGAGUACUUACCAGUUUUACACAGCAACAUUGAAUGAACGCCAUGUGCCUCAUCCGUCAUUACACUUAAACUUAACUCAAAAUAAAAUCUUACAGACGUGGAGUUUUAAAUUUAAAUUUUUAGCUGGGAAAAGUCAUCAUAAUCAUUAUAAAAAUCUGGACUACAUAAGGGGCCCUCACACCUCUCUUUAGACAAAUGUUGAAAAUCACUGCCACCUUUGAUGUGGCAAUGUUAUAUGCAGUAGGUGAAGCGCAGUACAAAACAACGGAAUUACCUUAGUAAUGUUGUCAAGUUAUACCAGUUAGUAGAUACCCAAUUUUAGCAAUAUGUCAAUUUAUUUUUGUACGAAUGUGUAUAUCAUCACUCUUCAAUGAAAGAAUGAUAGCCUUUCCUUAUGUCAGCUGCAACAACCUUGAUCAACUCUCUGCAUGUUUAAUCUUCAGUCUUAUGCCAUGGAUUCAGCUUGAGAGAUCUAAACAACUAUUUGUUGCACAAGCUGCUGAUGUCAUUGUGUAUCAGAACAGAAGACGCAACAACAAGCAAUCCUCAUGGGAACCCAUCAAGACCUUCAGGGGUCACCAUGGUGAUGUCAGUAAAUUUGUUAUUGCUGGUGAUCAGUUGGUGACUUGUAGUGUGGAUAAUUCAGUUCGCACAUGGAGCCUACAGACAGCUGAAUGCUAUGGUCUGUUUCAUGGUCAUACUGGUGUUGUACACAGCGUAGACUGUUUUGAUGAUGUGAUUGUGACAGGAUCGAGGGAUAGAACUGUCAAGGUGAUGAUUUCUAUUUACUUACAUGUAUGUUGUAAAAUUCCUUCCAUUAGUGGUCAACUUUUUAAAAAAAAAAAAAAUCUCCCAAAUACCUCCAUGUAUAAGUGCAAAAAGUAUGAAAGCAAAUAAGUUUUAAAACAGUUUUAAAGUGCAACCAACCCCCCAAAAUGUGUUUCGCUUAAAUAUUAUUGUCCUUGCCCCAGUUGUUGAAAAGGUGGAUAGUGCUAUCCGAUGGAUAAAUACUUACUUGGUGGAUAGUGAUUUAACCCAGUAGAUAGCGCUAUCGAGCUUUUGAACAACCGGGUCCUGAUGACUAGUGGGAAAUAUUUAUCAAGGUUCGAAAAAUCUGGCCCAUUUCCACGGCUGUUUAAAGUUAUGUCCCUUUACCGCUUUACCGAGCAUUUGUCUACCAUGUGUAAUGCUUUGUCUUUCUAUUUUCUUUAGAAUAAUGUUUGAGUGUGCUUAAAUCACUACAGGUGUGGUCCCAAGAGAGCAAGUCUUGUGUUCACACUAUUCAUGUCGAGGAUAACAUUUGGUCAGUGUGCAUCAACCCCAGCAUCAGGUACAGUGUACUUUACUCAUCAGUAAUUAUGGUGUUUCUAAAUUGUACCAGUAUCCAUGCUUUCUCACCUCAGGGGCACCCAACGAGAAUACAGUUCAAAACCAUAGCAUUGUUAAACGUAUUUUAGUUAAAUGGUAGAUAUAGGCAUUUUUUAUCCCCUAAAAUUUUUCAUCUGUUCGGAUUUCCUAGCUGAAAGUCUAGUGAUCCGAAAAUUAUAGGGAUCAAAACUUACCUUUUCAAAAAUUUCAGCUUGAAAAAGGCUCCCAAAAAUUCUAGGUGACCUUUUUAGGGUAAAAAUCCACUAAAAAGGGGCAAUUAUACCAUUUUUUAGACGUUUGAAAAUCUUAGGAGAGGCAGGCAAGCAAGAAAGUUUACAACAAAUGUUCCAAAAAUUCUAGAUCUCAAAUCCUCUUCUGAACAGAUAUCCUUCUGAAAAUUGACGUUGGGUGCCCCUGUCACCUGCCCCUCCCCCCUCGGUUUUACAGUUCAAGGCUUGCCCUGGGUACUAAAGCAUUGACAGCCAGUGGGCUCAUUUCCCAUCUAAUACUAGUUCAUGGAUGUGCAAACAAAGUACGAUAUCCAAGAUUGCAGCCAACAGUUUACUACAGAUAACUCAGAAUUGUGCUGAUUUCUAAAUAAUAUUAAUUGCAACUCACAAAAUAAUAGAUUUCCUCUCCAAUUCAGUUAAUGAAGUACAUGCACAGUGGAACCUCUAUUCAGGGGACACCCUCAAGACCAAGGGAAGUGUCCCCUGAAGGUGUCCCUUGGAUAGAGGUGUCCCAAUGGAGAGGUUCUGCUGUAAUGUCUAUAUUCUAGAUUAGACGUAACAAGGAGUUGGUAUCUUGUAAAGAAAAGUUGAGUGUAUUAUUCAACUGUAGCUGCCGGUACUUCUUCAGGCCUUGUAAGGGGUAACCAAGUAUUGUGGGAUCACAAAGGAAACAUUGGCAUUAUUAUAUAGUUGUUAAAGUGUGUAUUUUGUUUUAGGUGUGUUGCAAGUGGUGGUAGUGGUCAUAUAAAGGGAGUAUCGCCAUUGCAACUUUGGGAUAUUGAGAGGUAAGGGUGAUGUGUCUUUAGAUGAUCAAUCAGGGCUGUCACUUUAGAAGAUUUGUCUAAGAUGCCGCAUAAACACCCCAAUGAGGCGGGGAAUCCAACAGCUAGGGAUUUCUUUUGGUUUUAUUUUUCUUCUAUUUUCUUGUGAAAGAAGCCAGGGACCAUGUUCAUAGUAGCUGGGGGAAAUCCCCCGCCCCCGGCUCUUCAGGACAGCCCUGAUUAAUACAGUAAAAACCCGCAUACAAGAACAUCCAUUUUCGGGGUUCAGGCUGAUUGGGUUCUUAUAUAUCGGGUAUUUUAGGUGAAAUCAGCCUGAAAGUGUUCUUAAGUGUUCUUAAUUUUUUACUUCUAAAAAAAUGUAAGUUGUUGUACAUUUGCUAUACACAGCAAGUGAAAUUACUAGCAUUUAUACAAAGAUCUUAGUGCAAUACCACAGUAAAGCUACAGACACUGUUCUAUUAAACUGAACAGGGAAGAGUUUUUAUAUAUAAGAAUAAUUUUCAAUUUUCAGGCUGAAUGUGUUCUUAUAUAUAUGCUCCUUUUUUACCAAAUUUCAGCCUGGGUGUUCUUAAUCCACAUGUUCUUGUAUGCGGGUUUUUACUGUAUUUGAACAUUGUGUUAUUUUAAUUGGUCAAAUUUGAUAACAUUAUACUUGGGCAAACAUACAAAAUAAUAAGAAGUAAAAUGGUGUAGUAUCUUUGUUUUGUUCCCAGAAAAAGCAGCUGCUGUACAAAUAAAUGAUAUAACUGUCAUUCCAGUCAGGAGUUAUGUCUGUUACUUCCACUGGAAAAUUCUUCUUACUACAGUCAACUCUAUUUACGAUGGACACCAAUGGUACCAGCACCAAGUGUCCAUCAUAGAGAGAUGUCUGUCUUAAAGAGGGUCAAAUGAAAGGGGUAAAGAAAGGCAGAGAUCAACUCUUUAUUGCCGUUUUACAGAGAUGUCUGUCAUAUAUAGAGAGGUGUCUGUUAAGAGAGAAUCAGUACUAACAUGUUCUCUUGCAUUGUACUUGCAGUGGAAAACUGAUGACCAGUCUGGUUUCUGGUGUAACUAAAGUAGGAGCUGGUGUUCGUGGAAUGAAGUGGGAAUCACCUCACACUCUCCUGUCCUGUGGCUAUGACACCAAUAUCAGGCUCUGGGACAUAAGGCUCAAUAAUUAUAGGUGAUACAUUCUCUUCUUCAAGUUGCUAAUUUCUCAUAAUAAUUAUAUUAUUUUAUUGAUGAAUCUAAUGAGACAAAGGGAGUCAUUGGUUGGUGUUUCAAUUGCAAGAGUCCCUUGAAUGUUGCCUUGUGACCUGGGGCCCAUUUCUCAAAAGUCCCAUAAACUACAAUAAUUAACUCAGUCCCAAAGCCAAGUAUUUAAGUAAAAAUCUCAAGGAUAAAAGACCUGUGCGAAAUGUAGCUAACAAACCAGUCCAAUUUGUUUUUGAUUGAUGACUGAUAGUUUUAUCAUAAUUUCUGAAAAAGUUGGAAACCUCAAGUUUUUGGGAAAGCCUUAGAGUGGCAAAGUAAGAUUUACUCCUUCAGAGUUUGGAAUACUCUGUGCACUGCAUAACCUUAGCAAAAGAAAGAAAAAAAGGAAAAAGCUAACUUUAGGGUCACAUUUUACACUGUCACGAGGUCCAUGAGCUUAUAAGUCUUGUUUAGCCUGUCAGCCCUUUAUCUCCAAUCAGUGUGUGCACACACUUUCCUAGCAUUUAAUUUGCAGCAACUUUAUUUUUAAUUUGCAGUGACUUUCAGGGUUCAUAAAAAAAGGGCAACCACUUUUUAAGGACCACAUUCGAUUUUCAAGGACCACCUACCAGGAAUGAAAUAAAAAAAAUAAUAAUAAAUAAAAAAUUUAAAAAAGGAAUGUAAUUUCACAGAUUACACAAAAAUGCACUUUUACAGUCCAUUCUAACAGGACUUUAAGGCUUAAACUGUUUGCUCCUCCUACUUCUCUAAAGUUUUCAGUUCACUUGUCUUAAGGUGGCUUGAUACAGUUUUUCAUGGUCAGUACCUCCCAAGUUUGAGCAUAAACUACGUCGCCAUAAACAAAGUUUUGGAAAAAUUGACACCACAGUUGUAUUAGAGGAAGAUGAAAUUUGUUAUGAUGAGGGUUGCAACGGCAUCGAAGUUGUCAUAGCAAUGAAAUGACGCUAUUACCUAUUUUACUUGCAGCAGUAUAUCUUGGCACUGGGAACUGAUCUUCGAAAAUCAUUCACGGGAGCUUUUUCCUCCAAUAGCAGCCUUGAUGUUCGUGAAGUUUAAGCAAAAUCUGUAAGAGCGUUAUUGAGAUAUUUUGGGAUAAAGAUUUUGUGGUUAGAAAUACGGUAAAAAAUGGACAAUCUUGGUGUUCGGCUGUUAUCUGUAGAAAACAAAGCGCUUUUGACAUGCAAUCUCACCGCAUAGUAGUUUCAAUCUUUUUAUAAAAGCGUGUGUGAAAGAUCAAGGAGAUAGCUCCAGCCGAUUGCUAGAAAGAAGGAUUUGAUUAGUAUGUAUCAAGGCGCUCUUGUUAGCGGUUUUUUGAACAUUUUGGUCGACUUUAACAAAUUAGCGAAUAAUUUUUAAACCGCUGGUUAGUUUUUUUUAAAAAUUUAAGUUUCUUGAGAUUAACCUUCCUUUUAUAUGACCUUUCAGUUUCAAGGUUAUUGAUUUAUUGUAAGGUAGUGAAAUAAGGGCUACAAUUCGCUAAUAUUUUGGCAGAAAUUUUGUGUUUACAAGUGUGAGCUUCUCAUUAUUCAGGGUAUUGUGUCCAAGUUGCAUAUUUUCGUGCACAACAAUAGCUAGCAUUUUUGCAUAUUUCAAUUGCAUUGUUAGUUACUGCUGUUCACGUGAAAAUGAAACUUGGAGACAAUGUCUUGAAUAAUUAGAUGCUUUCACUUGUAAUGACAAAACUUCCGAUAAAAAAGUAACGAAUUGUAGUCCUUAUUUUACUGCCUUACAAUGUAUCAAUAAUCUUGAAAAUAAAAGGUCAUAUCAAAGGAAGGUUAAUCUCAAGAAUCUUAAAUUUUUAAAAAAAUCUAUCGAGCAGUUAAAAAAUUAUUCGCUAAUUUGUUAAAGAAGACAAAAAUGUUUUCAAAACUGCUAACAAGAGCGCUUCGAUGCAUACUAAUCAACCCUUCUUUCCAAGGCUGGAGCUAUCUCCCAUGAUCUUUCACACACGCUUUUAAAAAGAUUGAAACUACUAUGAGGUGAAAUUGCAUGUCAAAAAUCGCUUCAUUUUCUACAGAUAACGGCCAAACAAUAAUAUUGUCCAUUUUUUACUGUGUUUCUAACAAUAAAAACUUUUCCCAAAAUAUCUCGAUAACACUCUUACAGAUUUCGCUUAAACUUCACGAACAUCGAGGCUGCUAUUGGAGGAAAAAGCUCCCGUGAAUGAUUUUCGAGGAACAGUUUUCAGUGCCGAGAUAUACUGCUGCAAGUAAAAUAGGUAAUAGUGUCAUUUCGUUGCUAUGACAACUCCGAUGCCAUUGCAACCCUCAUCAUGACAAAUUUUCAUCUUCCUCUAAUACAACUGUGGUGGCAAUUUUUCCAAAACUUUGUUUAUAGCCAUAGUUUAUGCUCAAACUUGGGAGGUAUUGACCCUGAAAAACUGUAUCGAGCCAUCUUAAAUUGAUAGUCAGUUAUUGCAUAAAACAAAAGACACUUUAUGUAUUAAAUCACCUUUAACUUCUCCUCCCUAUGAUUUAUACUCUGUCUUGGACAAGCAAAAAGCAUCCAGGCCACUAAAUUCAAACUUGAAGAAAAUUCAAGGAGUUUUCAAGAGCUUUCACAGAAAUGUAAGGCCUUAAAGGAAAAAGUGGAAUUCAAGGACUUUAAUUUUCCAGGACUUCCCCUAAAAUUCAAGGACUUCAAGAAUGUGUGAACCCUGACUUUUUUAUUGGGCAUGUCCCCUGUGGGCCACUGUACCAAUAUUUUAAAGUAAAUUUCUGAUCAUUUAAUGAAAUCUUUUCAGUGUCUCAUCCUGUGUUUUAAAGUGGGAAGACCCUCACGAUUCAGUAGUGUACUGCAUUGAUUCUGAUAACAAGUGGAUGGUAAUCAGUGGAACCAAUAGAUAUGGAGUGGUAAGUAUAUAAUACAUCAGAUUAUACAGUGAAAUCACAAGGCUUUGCCUCUUCCGUGCAUGAUACCAGGAUGUUUUUGUCCGCCGUUUACUGGUAGGUCUGGGAGUAAAGGGACAGUUCCCUUUGUUCCUUGCCAGAACUCUGGGUGUUAGGGUGUGUACAAUAAAUAUUAUUUUUUACAAGUUGGUGUGCAGAAUCAUUAAUCUAGAAUUGAAGCAUUGUCACUGUAGACAGCUUAGUUUCUUGAUGUUCAUAUUUUAUAAAGGAUUGGCUAGAAAAAUAAUAUAACAAAAUUAAUAACAAUUAAUUCAUUAUUAAAAUUGUCAGUUAACUUAAUGUGAAGGAUGAUUUAUUUUAGAGACUGAAUGUAUGAACUUAUGUAACAAUGUAGCCACAAAUUCUGCAGGAUUGUCAGUUUUCUUUUAAUUGCAUUUAACAGUGUUGCAUUAUAAAACCCUAAACAGGGAAAUUUUAUGCAAAUUAGGAGGUAGUCAAUUGCUCUUUUGAUCAACUGCCUGCAUUUUUUUGGCUCACAUAAGAAUUCAAGCGAAUCUUAUGAGUCUAUAGCUACUGUAGGCACAAAACUAGGGGUAUUAUCACCUCAACAUCACCCAUUUAUUUUAUUUUAUUAUCUUUCUUUCAUUAAAAAGGUACGAAUAUGGGACAAGAGAUUUAGAAAGAAUGUUCAGGUACGAAAUAUACUGGUAUAUAUUUUUAUUGAAAAUAUUUCUCUUUUUGAUUGGCUCAAAUCGCUCAGCUAAUUCUUCACAACCAGCUAAUUUUGGCCAAAUUUGGAAGAAAUUUGUGAUAUAUCCUAGAAAAAUUCAUGAUGACAAUAGCUGCUUGUGCUCUGAGGCCAUGCUAGAAAAAGGUGAAUAGAAUCCUCCCCUAUGUAAUUUGUCGGACAAUACAGUACUCAGGCUCAUUCAAUAAUAAAUUAAUAAUAAUUGAUUAAGGCUGAAUAAUUAUGAUGUGUAGAAUUAUGGAGAUCGAGGAGGGCAUUGUUGGCCGAGGUAAUUGAUUUUAAGUAGUAUUGGUAAUGAUGAUGAUGACAAUGGAAAAUUUAUUUAUCGGCAAAUAUAUUGCUCUUCACUUGUCUGGCACUGAUCUACUCUAACAUACUGAGGAGACAGUUAAUUUGUUGGCAUGAGAAAUGUCCUGUGGAUGAGAUUAGUGGUAUAACUUAGUAUUAAUUACAGUGGUUACACAUAAUAUUAGUGGUUACACGUAAUACAUGUAAUUGUAAAAAGUGGUUUCAUGUUUCAAAUUGCAGAUGUACUAUGCUGGGAUGAACUCUUUAAGUCCUGUAUACUCACUGGCAUUUAACAGAACAUCUCUAUUUGUUGCUUUAGCCAGUGGAGUUAGAGUCUUAGAUUUCAGAGUGUAAGUCUUGUGUGAGUAUGAUAGAUGUGUUUGUUUGUGUUGCCUAGAGAACUUUUCAAUUAUUGCCUGCCAAAACUAGAUCAGUUUGAUUAUGGAGGGACUGUGGAUUUAGCCAAACAUUAUCCCCAUGAUUUUUCUCUAAUGAAUUAAAUUAUAAGUCAACCUUGGCAUAUCCACAUACCUUUGCUCCCUUUUUUCAGUUUCGUUUGAUAUUACUUAAGAGUUCUGAUUGGUACUGACAAAAAUGAGUUUUGACCUUUCUAUGUGGUGUUUUUAUGGUAUCUCAAGGCUGUUUGGUAAGGAAAAUUGAAGGGAUCCUGUCUGGCGUAUUAUUUCUGUAAAAAAUAACUGAGAUUUUCUAGUCACCUGGGAGCAAGUGUUAGGUACCAGGAGCCACUGGGUACUGCCAGCAAAGCAGAGCAGAGCUUCGUAACUAAUCUUAACUGCAUUUACUAUAAAUUGUAUGGAGUAAAUUAUUUUCUCCAAAUAAAAUGUGUGACCUGUUACCUAUAAGACCUCCUGCAAUCUGAACCUCAUUUUAAGAAAGUGACCACCUCUGGAGGUGAGUGUUGUCACAUGCAUGCCCUAUGGUGUGUACAAAUCAUUCUUUGCAAACUCUUUUCCUUCCAAUUUUUUUUUGCUGACUUAGCAGUUUUCAAUCUCAAUGUAUCAUUCCAGAAAAUAUCCAUACCUCCCCCACAGAUGGUCAAUGGAAUAUCUCAGACAGUAUAAACUUUGAGACUGAAGGCCGAAGAUUUCCUAGUCUCCUUUGCAGCCGUACAUGUGUAGUGUCUUGCGCAAUGCAUGAUGACCCUAAAAACGACUGUGAAGGAGACUAUAAAAGAUUCCCCUUAAAAUUUGACGGUUGGUUAUGUUUUGUACUCAAAGACAGCUCUGUAUUCGAAUAUGUACAUGUUCAGAAGUCUUAUGUGAAUAAAUGACGUUUGCAAGGUG